AUGCUAGCUAAGCACGGUCAAGACAUAGAUGGGACGGACGGCCAGAAACGACCAUCCCACUACACGGAGGAUCCAUCCCAUGACAAGCGCGAGAAACGCAAAUGUCCCGGGAUAGAGGUUUCCCGCACAUUUCCAAGCAGCUAUGUGGAAGCUCAGAAACAUGGAAAUGACGGAAGGAUUAAAAUAAGAGAUUUUAAUUCUCAAGUACGACGGGACGAAACCCUCCAGUCAAGGAAACGUCUAGACACUCAGCAGCUUGUUGAUCUGAUCAACAAUGAGCCAAUGGAAAGGAGCCACUUGAUCCAGGAAGAUAGGAUCAAGGAGGAGAUGCUCAUCCUCAACGAACCAAUCACGUUCAGCUACCCAGCAGCUUGGGGAAUGGACCAAUGGGAAGGUGCCAUUCGACUCAAGUGGAUUGGGAUGGAAGAAGCUGCUCCAGGCGUGCAGCAAUGCCAUUGGUUGCAUGCGGAAGAGGUGUCGCGUUCUGAAGCCAUCAGACGCCACCUCGAGCUUCCGAAAAACCUAUAUAAAGGCCCCUUGGUCUUCAUUUCCAAACCACACCACAAACUGAAAUCUAGAGAGAGAAACUAG